AUGACUGCCUUUCUCGAGCCGUUACCUGGCCUGCUGGAUGAUCCGUUGCUUCAUCUACCAGAUCUUCCUCCGCGUACAGAUGUCCGAAUCCCUCCGCUUCGCGACCCUUUUCCUUCCCGAGCCUUGACUGUCUUGUCACCUCUCGAGCCAAACGCUCCAGAUGGAAAGCAGAUACAAGGUGGCGUCAAGCUGGGGUGUAGUAAAAAUACAUCCCAGGCAGAGCGAACAACUCCAACGAUAACACCGGCCGAUGUCAUCUCUGCAAGAGACACCAAGAAACCCAAUCUGGCAAUCAGUGCGCUGGUCGAGUCAAGUUCUACCAGUCAACUACCAAGAUUAUUUACACCAUCAUUCGUGAAUCUCGCAGCGGUUGAGAACAACUCCUCCUUUCAAUCAUGGCCUGCCGAAUAUUCCCCUUCCAAACGAGUCAAGCUAGAUCACGAAUACCAUGGUGAUUAUGUACAGCUUCCAAAACCUCAACAGAAAGAAGCCAGCAAGCGUAUACCACUGUUGCCAACCAUCGUCAAUGGGAUACAUGAGCCUCCACCGAGCGCUGCUUUACUUCCACCCAUGGAGCUUGAAGAAGUAAAAGCAAUGCUUGAUAGCAUCUCCGAGCCCCUCCCACUUCCUCCGGAAAAGAUGCUCAAUCCCGAGCCUGAACCAGCGGACACAGUGAAUCAUCAUAAAUUCAAGUCUUCUAGCCCUACCGAAGAGAUGGACAUGGCAAGAAAUAUUAGCACAGCGGCCAACCAUAGGCCCCAGAGGACGUGGAAGAAGUGGAGUGAGGAAGAGACACAGCAGCUGCUUAAAGGCGUUGCAAAACAUGGGGCUGGCAAAUGGAAAGAUAUCUGCGCUGACCCUGAGCUGAGGUUUCGUGAUCGCCGGCCUAUGGAUUUGAAGGACCGCUUCAGAAUCUGCUUUCCCAACACCAACAAAGAGAAGAUGGAAGACGUCGGCCCUUCUGCUAGACCCGACAAACAGCUCACUUUCAAUCCUGGGCAGGCGCGAAACAACAAUGUUGGGCAUAACCUGCCCAGCUCGACAGACACCCUUUCCUCACCCCCAUCGGAUCUUUUACCAAACCAUCCUUCAUCGAGUCAUUCCUACCAAGUCCCCAGCAUGCCCUUGAACCUCAAAGUCACUCCAUCCGAUUUCGCCAUUGCAGCCAAAUCCCGCGCCAGCCAACGAGUCCGCAAACUCUGGACUGAAGAGGAGCACCAAAACCUGGUCAAAGGAUUCGCCAAACACGGCUAUCAAUGGACGGCAAUCCGCAACGAUCUCGAGCUGAACCUCUCCCAUCGAAAGGCAACCGAUAUCCGCGACAAGUUUCGCAGUCUCUUUCCACAGCAGUACAUGGAUGCCGAUAGCGGGCCGCCUGCGGGCAGGAAGAACACCACCAGCGCCGGUGGCGUGAGCUCGAAGAACAACUCUAUGUCGUCAAAUUCACAACCUGCCACCGGCGUUCGACAUAUCAACUCGUCGAAUCCGAUGAGUGAUAAGCGCAAGCCAAGCGCGUCAUUCGCCCCCAUUCCCAUAGCAGUCACAACUACGAAACCACUGCAUCUCAGGACGGAUGAAAGUCCCAGAGAUAUCACCACCAGCGGCGUCGAGGCUCUAGAGAUCACCACCAUCACCACAAGCACUACUCAAGAAAGUUCUUCCGCAGUGCCAAACCUCACCCUCCCACCACUGGCGCUCGGAGACAAUGACUGGGACUGGGGCGAUAACAAAUUGGCGCCCUUGUUGGAUUGGGAGGAGUUUGGCCUGUAA